AACAGAUGAACUUAACUGGGCCAGGAUGCUAGCAGUCUCCACAGACAAUCGGUGCCAACAGGGGAUCUUGGCUUCUUUUUCGGCUUUUCUGAGGUACAAAGUCCACUGCAACUAUGGCUGACGAGGAAGUUGAUCAGGUUGAGGAGGGAGAAGUGGUGGAAGUAGAAGUGGCUCCCGAGGCUGCCCCAGAGGCCGAGGCCGAGGCGGCCGCAGAACCCGAGCCUGCGCCAGAGCCUGAGGCAGCCCCUGAACCCGAGCCUGAGCCAGAGCCUGAGGCAGCCCCCGAGCCGGAACCGGAACCCGAGCCGGAACCCGAGCCGGAACCCGUGGCCGAGCCCGAGGCCGAGCCUGAGGCAGAGGCAGAAGAAGAGAAGCCAAAGUUCAAACCCACUGCUCCCAGGAUCCCCGAUGGCGAGAAAGUGGACUUUGAUGACAUCCAGAAGAAGCGUCAGAACAAGGAUCUGAUGGAGCUGCAGUCCUUGAUCGACGCUCACUUCGAGCUGAGGAAGAAGGAGGAAGAGGAGCUCAUCGCCCUCAAGACCAGAAUCGAAAAGCGCAGAGCUGAGAGAGCAGAGCAGCAGAGGAUCCAGGCUGAGAAGGAGAAGGAGCGCCAGGCUAGACGUGAGGAAGAGAAGCUGAGGAAGGCUGAGGCCGAUGCCAAGAAGAAAGCCGAUGAGGAGGACAAGAAGAAGUCUGCUCUGUCGAGCUUGGGCGGAGGCUACAGCAGCCACUUGCAGAAGGCCGACCAGAAAAGAGGCAAGAAACAAACAGAGAGAGAGAAGAAGAAGAAGAUCCUGGCCGAUAGACGCAAGCCUCUUAAUAUUGACCAUCUCAACGAGGACAAGCUCAAGGAGAAGGCCAAGGAGUUCCACGAAUGGCUGAAAACUCUGGAGUCUGAGAAGUACGAUCAUAUGGAGAAGCUGAAGAGGCAGAAAUACGAGGUCACAACACUCCGCAAGAGAGUGGAGGAGCUCAGCAAAUUCAGCAAAAAGGGAGCUGCCACUCGCCGCAGAAAGUAGACGGCAGCAGCCACACCAGGAUCCUCCUCCAAAUCUUCUACUACCACAGCUUAAUGCACGGAAAAGAAAUGUCAUACCUUGCAAUUUCCCCUUUUUCUUUUUGUGCUGUCCUGCAACAUGUCACACACGUUGCGGUCAAAGAGAAACACAUCCUCCAAGGCUACUUUCCCAUAGGCAGUUCUGAAGCAUUUUUCGUGUAAAUAAAGUGUAACACUCCA